UCGACGUCCUUUCGUUCCUCCAUUGGAGUCAAGACAGCAAGUGGCGAGUGCCCUCGUCAAAUUUUCACGUCAAAGUCCCGUCAAAGCCGAUCAAGAUGCUCCAGAACAUGUUCGAGGCGGCCAAGAAGAACCCGUUCUUCAACCCCUUCACCGUGGCGCAAUGCCAGCCAGAGGAACCCUCGGCGUCACAGAGUUUGGUGAAGGGCCGCACCGUGUCUGCUGCAGCCGUCGAGGCCGGGGACAGCUGCGAAUUCGGCUCCAACCAGUACUUUCUGCUGUGCGGGCUGGGAGGUAUCUUGUCCUGCGGUAUUACCCACACCGCCAUCGUGCCCCUCGAUCUGGUGAAAUGCCGAAUGCAAGUGGACUCCAAGAAGUACCCUGGCAUCUUCAAGGGCUUCUCCGUGACCAUGGCCGAAGAUGGAGCCCGUGGUCUAGCCAAGGGAUGGGCACCCACCUUCAUCGGUUACUCCAUGCAGGGUAUGUUCAAGUUCGGUCUCUAUGAGUACUUCAAGGUAAUCUACUCCGACAUUUUGGGAGAGGAGAAUACCUUCCUCUACAGAACAUCUCUUUACUUGGCUGCGUCUGCCUCUGCUGAGUUCUUCGCUGACAUUGCCCUGUCACCCAUGGAGGCUGUUAAGGUCCGUAUCCAGACACAGCCUGGCUAUGCCAACACUCUUCGUGAGUGCUAUCCCAAGAUUCUGAAGGAGGAGGGUAUGAAUGGAUUGUACAAGGGUCUUGUACCCCUGUGGUGCCGUCAAAUUCCCUACACCAUGAUGAAGUUUGCUUGCUUCGAGCGCACUGUAGAGCUGCUGUACCAACACGUCGUUCCCAAGCCUAGGGCAGACUGCACCAAGAACGAGCAGCUGGUUGUCACCUUUGCUGCUGGUUACAUUGCUGGAGUGUUCUGUGCUAUUGUCUCACACCCUGCUGACACUUUGGUGUCGAAGCUCAAUCAAGACAAGGGUGCCACUGCUGGAGAUAUUAUUAAGAAGAUUGGCUUCGGUGGUCUAUGGAAGGGUCUCACCGCUAGGAUCAUUAUGAUUGGUACCCUCACCGGUCUUCAAUGGUUCAUCUACGAUGCUGUCAAGGUUUCCCUGCGCAUGCCAAGACCUCCUCCACCAGCCAUGCCCGAAUCCCUGAAGAAGAGGCUAGAAGCUGAAGGAAAACUAUAAGUUUAAGUUAAUUUUAGUUAAUUUACUUCACCAAGUGGCUGACCCUGACAGGAUACUUGUAGGUCUAGUUGCACCGAGUUGUGAUUCUGGCAUUGUCUCAUGUAGAUCAUGUUUGGCAGUGCCUCAUAUGUAUGUCAAGUCAUUUUUGAAUGUCAGUCAGCACGAUGUGAUGGACAAUGAAUUGGUUAGAUGGCUGUGCCACAAUAACAAGUAAUUUGAACCUCAUUUCGAUACCACCUCAAACAUUUUUCUUUCUUGUCCGUGCAUUCAGCCAGAAGUUCAAUUUUCUUUUUUAUUUAAACAGUUAUCUUGUAUUAUAGUAAUGUUGCUCAUGACAUUCGACUCUUAUAUUAAGACCAAAUGUUAUCCUAUUGAUUGUUCCAAACUGUCCCUCCUUUCCUUGCAAUCCACAUUUCGCCAAGCAUUUAUAUUGUUACUAUGUUGCAUUUGUUAUGUACGGUACAUUCCAGUCUUAUUCCGAAUCUGAUGGUUAAUUAUGUACAAAUUUUACUUCGAGAACAGUCUAUUAAAAAAUUCCUGCUUUUA